UCUGUCCUCUUUGAAUUCGGUGCACACUGGGAUUGCCCGCAUCAAGUUCUGACGAUGUGCAAACUUUGCAGCAUCAAAUGCAUGUUCAUUUUCUUCAAUACGGUCUUCUUGGCAUCUGGGGUUGCCCUAAUCAUCAUCGGAGCGCUGCAAUACACGACUUACUCACAGAUUGGCACGUUCGCAGGGAGCGGCCUGUCUAAAAUCGCCAUCGUCCUCAUCGCAGUGGGUGUCACCAUAGCCCUCGUCUCCCUCUUGGGCCAUGUUGGGGCGUUCUUGAAUAAUUCCUCUAUGGUGUCUUGUUUCAUCUGUAUCCUGAUAGUGAUCAUCAUCAUGGAGGUACUGACAGGGGCUGCCUUUUACAUAUUCCGCAGCAGGACUGCCCUCCUCCAGAUGAACAGCGGCAUCAACUCCAAAGCACGAGAGGUGAUCUAUGAAUACAAGCCGGAGAACAGACACGCCAUCAACAGAAUUCAGGAGAAGUUCAGGUGCUGCGGCGCAGACGGCAGCGCUGACUGGUCCAAGAGCGUGGGCUGGGAAAACCACAAUGCCGUGCCAGAUUCCUGCUGCGUGGUGAAGAGCGAGGGUUGUGGACAGAAGAAGGAGGAAGUACACACAAAGGGUUGUAUCUGGGCUAUGAAGCACUUCCUGUUGAAAAACCUGGUGUGGGUCGGUGCUGUCUGCAUCGCUCUUGGAGUCACAGAGGUUUUGGGAGUGUUAGUCGGGGUGUGCUUGUGUCUGGACAUAAAGCGAAAAAGCUAUGAAAACCUCAGCUGAUGUGCCCCCCUGCCCGAGCACAGAUGACUUACCACGUCGCUGACUUCUUCUCUUUUGUUCAAAUUUGAUCUAUUUGACAACUAAAAUGUACCUUAUUGCUACUUUCAUGCUUGUCAAAUUAGACCAUUUCAAAAAGUUAAGUGACAAAUGGAAAUCAGCUUGUCCAUUGACACUGAA